CGUGGCUGCUGCAGACGGACAGGAUCACAAGGCAGACGGCGGGCCUCCCCCGGAGUGACAAAAAUCCAAGCCCAGUCAGCGGCGGCCGCAUAUAAAACCGCCUGCCGCCGGCGCCUCCCUCCUCUGCCACCGGGAUCUCUCCCCCACCAACCCCCCGAAUCCAUCCAAUGGCGACCGCCUCGCUCAAGCUCUGCUCCCCCAAACCCCUCGCCCCGGGGGCCCCCUCCCCCCUCCUCCGCCGCCCCAGCGCCGCGCGGCCCAUCGCCCCCGCCCGGCGCCUCCCACCGGCCCGCGUCGCCGUGCAGCCCGCCGCCGCGCCGGCCCCCGCCGCCUCCCCGGGCACCGCCACCUUCGAGCAGGUGCUGGAGCAGCUGAUCGGCGGGGCCGACUUCUCCGAGGACGAGGCGGAGGCGACGCUGCAGCUGCUGCUCAACGAGAAGAACGAGGCGCGGAUCGCCGCCUUCCUCGUGCUCCUCCGGGCCAAGGGCGAGACCUACGACGAGAUUGUCGGGCUGGCCAAGGCGAUGAUGAACAACUGCGUCCUGGUCGAGGGGCUCCACGACGCCGUCGACAUUGUCGGCACCGGCGGCGACGGCGCGGACACCGUCAACAUCUCCACCGGCUCCACCAUCCUCGCCGCCGCGGCCGGCGCCAAGGUCGCCAAGCAAGGGAGCAGGGCGAGCUCGUCGGCCUGCGGCAGCGCCGAUGUGCUUGAGGCGCUGGGCGUCAACAUCGAGUUGGGACCCGAGGGUAUUAAACGGUGCGUCAAUGAGGUGGGUGUUGGUUUCAUGAUGUCUGCAAAUUACCAUCCGGCAAUGAAAAUUGUCAGACCUGUGAGGAAGAAGCUGAAGAUAAAGACAGUUUUCAAUAUCCUUGGUCCUCUGUUGAAUCCAGCAAGGGUACCUUACGCUGUUAUUGGUGUUUACCAUGAGAACAUAGUUACCAAGAUGGCUAAAGCAGCUCAGAAAUUUGGAAUGCAGAGAGCAUUGGUUGUCCAUUCGAAGGGUUUGGACGAAAUAAGCCCACUUGGGCCUGGAUAUAUCCUUGAUGUCACUCCAGGAAAGAUUGAAAAAAUGCUCUUCGAUCCAUUGGAUUUUGGCAUUCCUCGCUGCACAUUAUUAGAUCUUAAAGGAGGCGAUCCUGCGUUCAACGCAAAAGUUCUCCAGGAUGUUCUUGCUGGACAAAGAGGCUCAAUUGCAGAUGCCCUUGUUCUGAACGCCGCGGCGUCCCUCCUUGUCAGCGGCAAAGUCAAAACUCUGCAUGAGGGUGUCGCGCUGGCACAGGAGACGCAGCGCUCCGGGGUGGCCAUCAACACGCUCGAGUCUUGGAUUAAGGUUUCCAAUAGCUGCUGAGGUCGAGGUUGCUUGGCGAGCAGCAGAGCUCCGCAAUAAGACGCGAGGAAUGGUGUUAAAUAAAGGAUUCUUGUAGUCCGUCCGUCCGUUCUUCCCCAUGUCCCUGUCUGUCUGUCUGUUCUUCUUGUUCCCUUUGUUCGCCUUUCUUUGCCACAAGCGUAUGUACGUAGUAGAUGCCGUUUGGUCUGGUUUGAUUUGUUGUUCAUCUAGCAAUGCUGCGGUGCAGAGAGAAUCCGAUAUGGACGAGAUUGUAAGGUUGUGGCCGGGACAGGCGCUGCUUAUCUUGUUGGCUGAGGUGGAGGGGACGCCAUUUUGAUC